AAACAAGUCAGUGGUUUAAAUAAGGGGAGGGGGGGAGCAAAACUCCAGGGCAUUAGCCCCGCCCACGUCUGAUCUGAUAACACUAACGGUAGAACAGAUCAUAAGUCAUUUCAUUCAAACAGCUGAGACGUUACUCGUAAAAAAUGCUGCGUUUAUUCUGUCUAUAUUUCUCAUUUUUCUGCGCCAUCAGUUUAUCUGAGACUGACUCCAAGUCUUUACCCAGGAUGGUGUUUAAAGGAACGGAAACUGGGUCUGUUUUUAAAAGGUUUCCUUUGCAAGGACAUAAAAAACCAGUGAAGAUCAUCGCAGACACACAACCAGGCAUCAUUACGUCUGUGGGACAAAAACACCUGACCUUUUUCAACUUCCAGAGCUCUGAGAAGACUCCUCCAGAACAGAAGGUGGUGUGGGAGGAAUGCAAAGAUAAAGGAUGUGAAUACAACAUCAGUGUGGUUCAGAGGAACGGAAGAGGGUCGACAUUUCUGUGUGGAAGCAGCCGUGUGGAAACCAAGUGCUGUGAGAUGGAUGAUGAUGAUGUCACCGUCUUCCAGGAUUUAACACCUAAACCCACAGAAGCCCGAUGUUAUCCAUCUGAGAGACUCCAACACAUUACACAAAGCAUCAAGAGAUUUAUCACAAAGGAAGGGGAACAUUCGCUCUUUGUUGAGUCUGGAAAUCACACCAGUCUUUACAUGACCUCCUCUGGGUAUGGGGAGAACGUCGGCAUUCACCGCUUUGGGAGUCAAAGGCUUGCACCCCAGAGUCACAAUAAAGAGCAGCAUUUCGUGGGUCUGAUGCUCAGCAGCAGAGAAGACUCCCUUCAGAACAGAAUGUACGCCUUCUACAAGCAGAGAAACCAAGACGCAGACCUUUACAGUGAUGAGUGGAUCCCCUUUGUGAGCCAGAUUUGCCUGGCCGACGUCGGCGGCCCAAAGAACCUCCUGCAGAAUAAGUGGACCUCCCAGAUGAAUGCUCGGCUCUUCUGUGGAGAUCCAGAGAAAAAAGUUCAUUUCUCUGAACUGGUGCAUGUGGCCACUGUGGAUGCAGACAGAUGGGAGGAAAGCAAAGUUUAUGCUCUCUUCAGGAAUGAAUGGGGUGUGAGUGCCGUGUGCAUGUACACAGUAGCAGACAUUCAUGAAGUCUUCAUGAAGUCCAGUUUUAAAGAACCCAAAUCAGAAAGCAAACUGAACAGGCCUCGGGAGUGUGUUCUUGACAGUUCUAAGCUGGAUGGAGAAACCCUAAAUAACAUCAAGGAGGUGUCAGAGAUGGAGCAAUGGGUGAAGCCUGUGAAAAACUCUCUCCCACUUCUGGUGUAUCGUCACCAUUACACUGGGAUCUACGUGGACGCUUCCCAGCACAGUGGCAACAGUCCCUACACGGUUAUUUUCCUGUCUUUAGCUAAUGGUGGGAUUCACAAGGUGCUGCAGACUGAAAACGACACCUUUCUCAUUUCUGAGUACCGCCCCUUUGACAAUCACACCCACAUUGGCGGCUUCUUCCUCCACCCCCCCUCGAGGAAGCUGUACGUGAGCUCAAGCAAAGAAGUGGUUGAGGUGGAUGUGGUGAACUGUGAGCAUUAUGGAAACAGCUGUGAGGACUGCGUCCUGUCCAGAGAUCCUUACUGCGGCUGGAACAACAACCGCUGCACUGCAGAGACACGAGACCCUCAACAGAAAAUGAUCUCAGGAAACUACAAAGGAUGCUCUGCUCGCCUUACAGAAAAAGAGGACAUCAGCAAGGUCGUUCUUCCCUCUGGGUCCAGAUAUUUCCUGCAAUGUCCCGUGUCUUCCCUCCAUGCUGAGUACACCUGGGUGACCCCCAACUCCAGGAAGUCCUGCAGCCCAAAGGAAGACCAGUGUCUGCUUCUGAUCGAAAGCAUGAGCUCCCAGUAUGACGGAGAUUAUGAAUGCAGGUCAAAGGAGAUGGGCUACAGUAAAGUGGUGGCACAGUACCAGCUGAGGAGCACGAAGCCGGGCCGUACAGUGGCGACCGGGUUUGUGUGGGUUUGUGUGGCUGCUGCACUGAUGGGGAGCUUCUGGUGCUUCAGCUUCAGAUUUUAAAAAUAUAAAUUU